AACCCCCCCCCCCCCCCACCCCCUAACAGACCCUAUUACAAGUUUGUAUUACUGAGUAUAAAGAUUCUUUGUAGGUACCACCAGAAUAAUGAGGGGGAGGGGAGAAGGAAUAUUAUUUUGAUUUGGAACCAUAAUUCUGUAUUGCUCUGCAGGUGUGAAUGAUUAAGCCCAUGUUGAUGGUAGAAUUACGUUUUGUAUGUGUUAGGCACACCCUUAUCCUCCCCCUCAAAAAACAUUUGCGUUUAAAAAAAACUUUUGAAUGUACUAUUCACUUUUUUACAAGUAGCUGCCAAAAAGGUGAUUAAAAUUAGUUCAGAAUUGCCUUGUGGGAGAUAUAUUCUCUUCUUUCAAAUUGAUCACAGCAUCAGUAAUGUUAUUAUUGAGCUUUUGUAAUGAAAUGCCGACAUGAUUCAUGGUUUUGUAGACAUGCAUGUAUGCAUGCCUUUAUUCAAGCGUUCCGCUUACAUUCAGUGGACCUCCUGCAUUGAGCAAACCCAACAAGUCUGAUAUCAGUUGAAUGCAUCUAAAACACAAUGCAAAUCUCGUUGCAAGGGAUAGCCCCCACCUUGCCUUUGUGAAUGUUCAAGAUUCCGUUUGUUUUGAGGUUUAAUAUUUCCUUAUUUUAGAACAAGAAUGAAUGUAAGAAUGUAAACACUGUAAACUUUAUACCCGUAGAAUGUCAAACAUAAUGCCAUUAAUGGACCGAUAUUGAUAUGUCUUUUACUUGUGGGAUUAUAUUGAAAAGACUGAUGUCAAAAGUCGAUUCAGAGGGUUUUGAUGAGAAAACUGUCAUCUGUUUAGGGGGUAGAAUGCCUGGAAAGAUAAAAGCGAUUCGAUCUCCGUAUUGCAAAACAAUUCUCAUGUCACUCCUGUCCACCCCCUUCCCUCGUACAAAAGAACAGAAGAAAGUCAGUCUGUGUUAUGGUCAGACCAAACAUCGCCCCCUUUGUCGGGCGGACAGGGGUCGAUACUAUCAGGCAGCGGCCACAAUUGUGCGUUGCAUUGGAAAGAGAAAAGUCUGUCCCCACACACAGAUGUGCGUAUUGAUCGCUAGCCGGCUUGAAGCUCGAUCUCCAGCAGUCAGAUUUGCAUAUCAAUACAUGAACAUUCCCGUCUUUCCCCUCUUCAAGACUAGUCAGACCGAAUGUUUCUCCAUUGUUAGUCAAGAAAUGGAAUUUGUAUCCAGGGGGGCUUUGCCUUUUGUAAUCUUGAUGCAAAAAGAAAGAUAGGCUCUGGACCAUGAAGAAGAUUAAAUAGUUAUGGAUUUUCCUAGCUCGUAAGAUAAGCAUCGAUAGUGUAUGUUGAAAGAGGUAUGUGUGCACACCUUUUUAAUAAUUCAAACUUGUCUGUAUAUGGGACUGAGCAGUUAUGGGUAUUCCUUACACAGAGAUGACAAAAACUGUAAAGUGUUAUUUUUUUUCAAGAGUCUAUUCAUGUACUUGAUGCUCUAACCCUGCGUACCAAGGCAGGUUGACACAAGUGACUAGAGCAGCCAUUUUGUUUGGUUAGCGAAGCAUGAAAGCGGCUCUGUGAGUGCGACAGAUGCUGUGAAAAACUAUGUAAGGAAUCGCCAGGCAUGUUGUCUCCCUACGUUCCUCCCCCCAAGUGAGUGGAUCGAGCCCACUGCCCAUGCUCAGCAGACAGGGAGGCUUGCUCGCUCAGUCAAGCCAUUCAAUCCCCGGCCACUGGAGGAGAAGGUGGUGUAAUUGUUACAGUGCUGGCUCAUGGAGAACCCUUGUCAGCUCAGCAGCUACGCUCGCUCUAUGUUAUUCAUCAUCACUGCCUCACUGUGUGUACUCACUCACUUGAAUCCAAUAGCUCCUUACACAAAGAAAACCCACCUUUUCUUCAAUACUCACUGCACUCGCAUUUAGUCAUCAACCGUUGCUGAAGGUGGAUAUAUAUUUUUGUGGUGGCGCUGAGGAUCGAGAGAAUAGAGAAAUAAACCGACUGGAUUUAUGAUUCACUUGAAGAUUUUUGCUCCGUGUCACUCACUGGAUUGGAAUGAUAAUUUGUCUGCCUGUGAUGAGGUUGAUUUAUGGGGGAUGCAUGCCUUGAAGCCGUAUAUGGAUUUAUAGGAACUUUGUAUUACCACUACACAUGACCACCGGCAGCGAUACAGGGGUUCGUCAGCGUCUGAUUUCCGAGGCCCCAAGAGCCCAGACCUGAGAAAGCAAGCCCAAGAGAAUGCAGCCAUGAUGAAAGAUGCAAUGUACCCAACAACAACAAGUACAACAUCAUCGUCAGUGAACCCCUUGCCCAAGGAAGUGGCAGAGCAGAAACCAGUCAAUACCAAGAGGGUCAGGAAACGAGAAUCCCAGCCCGGUUCACCGAGGCCCAAAUCUUGGCACACCGACGUUAGAACCCUGAGCCAACCAGACCUGUCCAGGAUGCCCCAACACAGCCGGCAACGACACGGGGAGCAGACCCAGCCACGAUACAGGAACCCUCCGCCAACGCAGUACAACAAGUUCCACAGCUCUUCGGAUUCGUCCUUCAUGAUGUCCAGCUACGAGGAGAAGACUGGCUACCACCAGCAUGGCAGGUCCACAGGGAACAUUAAUAAUAACAGUGCUGAGGACACGAUAGAACCCUUACCAGGGCACGUGCAGAAGAAAAGGGAAGCAUUUGAAAGGACAAUUAUGUCGCAGAGCACGGAUAAGAUUAACACUGAAGACCAAUAUGGGGAUGUGUAUAGUAAGAGGUAUUCCAAAGGAAAGGAGGCAAUAACGCAAGGUGUGAAUCCCAAGUUACGGAAUAUCCGCCACGAUCUUGAACCUGCAGAGACUUAUCCUAAGGUCGUUGUGGCUACGCACAUACACAGUGUCCAGUCAAAGGCUGUCCUGGGAAGAGUACCGGACAGCAGUGACCAGACAGGUCAGAAGUACGGUGGUGCACAGGAUGUCAACAUCUACGCUGUCCAGAUGCCGGAGAGGCAGAUUGCCAGUUCGGCAGAUUCAUCUGUCACAAGGAAUUAUGCGCAGGCGCACAGCAAUCUGUCGGGGAAUCCUCAGACAAGUUACGUUCAGUCAACUUUCGGUUCCAACCCACAUUCAAGUAGUUUUGCCACUCAUCAUGGAGAAAUAAGGAAGGUGCCACCAGCUAUACCAAAGAGAGAAGACUCUAAGACCAAGACCCAGGCGUAUAGCGAUCACGUGAAGUCAUCAUCAUGGCCAGUGUCCACAAUCAGUUCAGAGACCACUUGUACCUUGACAGUGUGUCCAACAAUACUCCCAAGUGACUUGCCUCCUGUAAAACUGACAAAGACAGAGAAAUUGCAGAAGUCACCCACACACUCUGUAACACAAUCCAAUCCAAAUCAGAAUUCAAAUAGUACAGACCAACAUAUCGUCCAGGCCAAACGAAUAUGGAUUGAUGAUGCCAGUGAACAUGAAUUUAACUUUGAGGACAGUAAAAUGCUUAGUAGCGACAAUACAUUAAAUACAAACACGAGGCCUCCAUCCCCUCCAGUGCGAGACAAUGAAAAUGGAAAUUACAAACCAAAACAAAGCAAAACGACUAGGAGUUCUGACGACAGGUUUAACACAUCUGAUCACUUGAUCCUGGACUAUCGCUCUUUCUUGGAAAAGACAGAACAGCAGCAGGAGAACCUGAAGUCUAUUCAGCCUGUUAAUAGUGUGCCGGAAAGCAAGAACAAAAGGGAGCUUUUUACGAGAACUCAUGAUUUUAGUAAAGCAACUCAACAAGAAGAAAGUUCACCGAUGGCACAAACGCAGCCAGCAAGGGAGUCUUCUACACGGAACUCGUGGUACCAGGAGAAGAAGAAACAGAGGAAGCGCUCGUCGCUGUCUUCAGAGGAUUCAUUGAAUUUUUCUGAGUUUGAUCUAAACAAGAAAAAUCUGGGACAGAACCCUGCAAGAACCUGGCGCAACCCAAGUGAAAGUCGUGAGUCAACAACAUCUGACUUGCAUCCGCAACUGACAGGGCAUCCUCAACAGCCCCAGCAGCAACAACCUGUGGAGCCCAGGAUUUCCAGUCAUUCACGGCAAUCCAGUGAUUUGGACAAUCCUAAUGCCCCAAGGAAGCGCACACCAAUUAGCCCUUCUCUGAUGGAAGAAACCUUCAGAAUGGAGCAGGAGCCAGAGCAGAAGACUUUCACUGAGAAGGUGGAGAGGACUGUGAAUCGCCAGGAGAGCAGGGAUAGUCGCAAAUCCGGCAUAUUUGAUCAGAAUGAUGAUUGCCAGCUUGAGAAACUCCAACCGGAUGGUAAUCUCUCUGAAAACUCAAUUCUUAGGAGAUUAGAAAGGGAAGGCUCUUUCAAGAACAAUGUGAACCUUGACCCACAAAGGUCAGAGGGCAAUGAGACAUCUGCAAGGAAGACUAUGCCAGAUACGAAGAGAGACCUUCGAAAUCUAGGUCUCUCAGAGGAUGCCUUCAAGCAGGAUCACAGACCAAAGAGUAAUCACUACAAAUCUGGGUCUUUCACACAUGAUUCAAGGGGGAAUGCGGGAGAUCCACGCCUUAUGAGAACAGCACCAGUACCAUCAUCACAUCAACGCACACAUUCCAUAGACACAUAUAACCGCAACCCUCCAAGGAGGCAUGAAAGUUUUGAGCGGAGGGGAAAUCCAGUCUCCCGUGAAAGCUCCUUUUCUGAACACAAGAAGUCGAAAUCGGAUUCUGAUCAACAUCCUAAAGCAGAUCAGCAAAAGAAGAAGAUGUCCGAUCCUAUCAACAAACCCCAAAAUGUCAGGAAGACAUCGGAUCCCGAGAACAGGCAACAGAUCUGGGAUGCCCUCAAGGGGUUCGUGCAUAACAGACGUUCUCCACCAGGCACUAGUCCCGCCAGCUCUCGUCCACCAAGCAUGUCUGGCUCCGAGCAGUCCCUGUAUCGCAGUGACAUGUAUCACUCCACCAGUUCUCUUGCCAGUGGCUACUCCAGCAGCAGGCAUUAUCCUCAAGAUUCUUUGUCAAGCAUUGGCUCCUCCUUUUCCCACCCUCUGCAUCAGCCACAGGAUUCAGGCUUCGGGUCAAACAGCGACAUAUCGCAAGUCCGUGGCCCGCACUCCCCAUCCCAAACGGGCGUGGUCUCUCCAAAGGAUGUCCGCAUUGCUGCCUCCAUCGCUCAUUCUUCCUCCAUGUCAUCUUCAGGUCCGCAGUACCAGCAGACUACCAAUGAGCGAAGGAGAAGUCACCAGGUUCAAAGACCACCACACCAGACCAAGCACCUUACCUCCAGGAUGUCUCUAGACUCUAUAAACCUUCCCAAUUCUCGGAACCAACAGGAGAAGAUGAGGCCGAACCGGUCACCCCAAGACAAAUUUGAAUUCUCACCAACUCGACAGAUAUCACCUUCACCAUCGUACAAUGUACAUGUGGCAGAACGAGUAUCGAUAUCUAGCCUUAAAGAGGAAGAGAGCAACAAAGAGGGCACCGUUUUCUACGAAUCGCUUCAAUCCGAGCGAACAGAGACGGAGGUGAACCACCGAGUCUUUAGGUACCCUCCCAGGUCAGACCAAACCAGCAGCUCUGGUGGUCAGAGAACAUCGCCCAAAUCAUCAACAGUUCACCCUCCGGUCAAAAGCUUGUCCAUGGACCCCUCAUACCAAGAACUGGAACUCAGCCCCCCUCCACCACCCACGCCCCUAUCCCCUCUUGAUGGCAGGGGUAACAUGGAGUUCCCCCCUCCCCCUCCGGAGCUGGCGCCUGCAUCCAACACGAAGAGGAGCAGCCCUAAGCAAGAACCCAGUGAACAGACUGUAAGGCAGGCAACACAAGGGGGCAGCAUGCCACUAACCAGCCCAGAAAGAAUCACACCCAGCUUUGCAGAGCAGCUUCAACAAGCUCCUUCACUAAUUCAUGUCCAGGUCGACCAAGUACCCUCAGCCAAAGGAGAAGAGACGACACCCUCGAUAUCACCCAACUCGAUCAUCUCAGGGCGAUCAUCACCGGACAAUCACGACGUCGAGCCUGCCACAUCCCCGCAGCAGGUCCCCCGACUGCAAAGCGUCCAAGAGAACAUCGCCUUCACUGACCGCAAGGACUCCCCAGUCCUCAUCCGUCCUGCGACGCUCUUGGACUCGCCCACCCGUUGCAGCCAAGCAGAACCAGAGCCUCUGGACGUUGCGGAGGAAGAGGCCUUUGACGCCUGCGACGGUGGCAGCAACAUCUGCGACAGUGGCAGCAACAUCUUCACCAGAGAGCAGGAGAAGACAGACAAGGAGCUUCGAGAGGUCUCCAAUCCAGUGCUGAAGUGGGUCCUGCAGGCCCUGACGCCAAGCGACACGGUCCUAUCUGACCUCUUUCCUCUACCCAGGUCCAAGACGAGUCGGUCAGACACGAUGACCAUGGAUGUAACCACACCCACAAAGAGUGAGAGUGAGAUGGUGAUGGAGCAGAGUAGUCCUAGCGAGUGUGUGAACCUGGUCCUGUCAAGCUCCAGGUAUCUCCGGAUCUCACCGGCCAAGGCCAUCAUCCUCCAGAGAGCUCAGACCAUGAACAAGAGCGAUGAUCUGGGCAAUAACAACACAGAGCUCAGGAAAACACAGGAGGAGCUUGUGGAUCGCAUCGGUAAGAAGGUGGAAGACAUCAAGGAUCUUCAGAAGGAGGUAGCAGAGGAGAUGUCAAAUCUUGAAGAUAUGGGCAGGCAAGUGAUGGAUAGCGUGAAGGCAACCUGCAAGGCCAGUGAAUACAACAAGUGCAACAUGUACAUCGCAGACAUCGAGAGGGUCACUAAGCUACUCCUCUCUCUGUCCCGUAGGCUCAAUAAGGUGGAGAGUGUGCUGGGUAGCAUAGAGAAUAGCGAGGAAGAGGAAAAGGUGAACCUUGAGAAGCUGAAGGUGACCGUCAACUCUAAAUACCAGGAUGCCAAGAUGCUGAAGGAGAGCAUCACCGGCCGUCACUCCACCAUUAGCUCCAUGCUCCUCAACAAAAUCUCCAAUGACCAGCACGACAACUUCACCUACUACAUCCAGAUGCUUCCCAGGCAUCUCAUCAUGGGGCAAGAGCUCGAAGACAAGGUCAAGCUCGGCGAGGAGCAGCUGGAAGCGCUUGGUGAGAGCCUCAAGCAAAUGAGCUUGAGCUCGGACAGCGGAAGCAGCAGGGACACCAACGGGAAUGUUUCCCAUGGUUUCAAGGAGGAGGCUGCGACGUCGUCAUCAUCCAAUGGGAUCGGUGGUCCGGAGCAGCUGAACUCCAAUGCAACGAGUUCGUACUGCUGAUGAUGACCCCUCUAGGGUCACGCUGAUCUGACUUUUAUGCUGCAAUCCUAUGUGACUGUUAUGGGUUUCAGAAGAACACACCUUGACGACUGUGAGAGAUGUUGAACCCUUGGAGCCUUUGGAACAUAAAGAACUGUACUUAAAAAUAUAGGAACAGCAGUUAAUGUGUUUGGUUCAUACAAGGAGAGGGCGCAUCAAGCUUUAAUGCUUGGAAAAGUUUUGAAAACUGAAACGAAAUGAAUGGCUAUCUGAGAAAUGGUUUUAGUGUAAAAUUAUUUCAUGGACGUGUGGACCUUUGUUUAUUAUCUAUGCUGAAGAGCAAACUUUCUGGAGGCCGACGUAAAGCAACACUUGCAAAUAGGAUUCAAGGCAAGUCUAAAAAUAAGAGAAAUGCUGAAAUAAGCAAGAGACUCUGGAUUCCGAACUGUAUUUCUUAUUUUUUCUUCGUGUGUGGUAUGGUCACUACUUAAAUUCUCAUCACGUGCAUGAGGCAGAUGGAUCUCAAACUAGCUGGACUAGUCUCAUACGUAGAGAUCCAAAGCUGCCUUCAUCUGCAGAUAAACUUAUUACAGAGACGUCGUGAAAGGCUGAUAAUGUGUCAAGAGAGAAAUGCACAAGUGUGAAGAGGGAUGGAUUUAAGGCUGCUAAAGUAGCAAGAUACUUUGGUCUUUCAGUCAUAAAAAUCUUCUUAAAGACCCAUAUAGUUUGUGAUCAAUGCAUCGAUACCAGAAAGAUACCUGAAUCUUGACACACACAAAAAUUAUAUCUGUCUUUCAUAUACCUGCAUAUAUACACUAAAGUCAUUAGCUACUUUGAUAUAUCUGUGUCAUAUCUCUGUUGGCUUUUGGACAGAACACUAUUUAAAUUUAGUGUUGCUGUAUAGAAAGAAGUGCCAUACAUUGCAAAUGUAUUAAGUUGUUUUGUAUUUCCUAACUUGCAAUAUUUGUAAGUUGGAGCUAAGAGUUUGAAAAAUUACUAUUUUAUGUAUUUGAACUAAUGUGCAUGUCUACUUAUUCAGAAAUACAGAAGUAUGGAAGCCUACCCUUCAUAUUCACCCAUUAGAUGCCUUCUCUUUGCAACAAGAAAAUAGUUUGUAUAUUUGGAACAAGAAAUGCUCUGACCAAAUCAUGACAUUGCAAUUAGAAAUGUUCAAUGUAUUUGUUCUUUCCCUUUGAGGAAAUUAUGCUCUGUGAAAAUACAAGCUGAAACUGGACUACAAUGAUAGUUUGCAUUUUUCCAAAGUUAAAUGUAAAUUUCAUGCAAACUCGACUGCUGUAGAUGAAUGUAUUCAUUUUGAUUUUGCUGUGUUUUAAAGAGGUGUAUACAUGUAAAUCAUAUGAAAUAUUUUGUACUGCAUUUUCUAGAAAAUUUUGUUAAUCCUUUCAGAAGAAAAAGAACUAUUGUCGGCAUUGAUAAACCGUUUCACAAAUGUAAGAGAAAAGUAGAAAGUGAUUAAUGUUUCAUGGAAGCAUCUCUUACAAAAUGUAUGGUAGCUGAAAUCUUUAAUCAUGUCUUGGUAAAAAAUACUUAUUGCAAUUUUUCAGUCCUAAAAUAAUUCUGUAUUCAUUUUUGUACAGAAGAAAAUAAGUCGCACAGCAUUUGAUCUGAACUUGUUAAAUUUUCAUCAAAAUAUUAAUAAAUUGAAAUUUGAAA